GUUGAAAAGAAGGCCAGUGCUGUUGCUAAAGUCACCAAAUCAGCUGUGAAGGCCAGCAAGAAAUGAUCAGUGAGCAGCCCCAAACCCAGCAGGCAUAAUCACCAUCUGGACACUUGUACGGGGUCCAAAGGCAAGAUGGCAGGCCUGUCGUUAAGUGCAAGCUCUGUGCCCCUCAGCGUCAUGCCAGCCAAGAGCCAUGGGGUGUGGCAGAAUCCUCAGAGGAAGGGCAAAGCCAGCAGAAGCACAGAGCCAGGAGACCCUGAGGCAGCAGCAAGCCGAAGAGCCUGGUCCCCAUCAGGAGCAGCAGACUCUUCAAACCUCAGGGCAAGGAAGCAGUGGAACGUAGAGGCUUUGGGCUCCCAUGCUCCAGAGACCUCCCAGCAGCUCCGGAGCCCUGGCACCCACAGCAGAUGGAAGGUGGAGUCAGACAAGCUCCACAUGAAAUCGGCAGGAGACCUGGGGCAGAUUUAUUCCCAAGAUGCCUCCACUGAUCUGAGUGAGAAACCAGGAACCUCAGCUGCAGUACGUACCUUUCAGGACUGGAAGAAAGACAACCUCACCCGGAUUAAAGAGAGGGCAAAGUCCCUCCGCCUGAAACAUCUGGAUGUGGCCAAUGCCGUAGAUCUUCUCCAUGCCUUCAUCCGCCAGUUCUUCAGCUACUUGAAUGAAUGUCCUGAGAGACCCUACUUCCGGGACAUGCGAGAAUUGAGGUCGGGGAGCAGCCAUGAGUUUGGAAAGCUCUUGCAUCCAAAUGAGUUUGACGUGCUGCUGAGCCUGCCGAUCACAGACUAUGUCCACUACGCAGAGGUGGAGGGUUACAACGGACUCUUCUAUACCCUGACUCUGCCGAGAAAGUCCCGCAGCUUUCCAGCCGCCUUCCUGAUGGAGGAUGGGCAGACUGUGUCCCCUGAGCGCAUCAUGGCAGAGUUCCAGGAGCAUGUGGAUCAGUUCAUCAAAGUGUUCUACUCAGUGCCCUUUCCUGGAUGGCAGAUGAGACUGGAGAGGAAAAAGCAGAAUAGCCCAGCGGUACCCCUAGUGAUGGUUGACAAUCAAGGGGACACAUUCAUGUCUACUGACCUGGUCCUUGCUUUGGAGAUCUCUGGCCGAUGGCCCAGUUCAGACAAUGAAAGGAUGGAUAUCCAGCAGUUAUUGGGGGAGCAGGAGGCACAUCUGAGGAAGACACUCUAUUUCAUUGCCAGACAGGCCCCUGGUCAAGAUAACAAAGAGAUCUGGAAAAUUUCUUUCUCUCAUGUGGAAAAGGAGAUUUUAAAAAGCCACACUCGUACUCAGAGCUGCCGGAAGUAUCAUGCAACCAAGUGCUGCAGGCCAGAAUGUCUGCAGAUGUUGGAAAGGCUUUUGGGGGCCCUGAAGACAGAGCACCCCUCGGAACUGGCUCCUUUGAGGUCCUACCAUGCUGAGACCUCUUUCUUUCAUACACUGAUGGAAUGGAAGCAGGACGCAGACGGGAAGCCUCCCCGGGUUGCUCCCUGUUUUGAAAGGGUCCUGGCCAAUUUCAUUCAGCAAGUGGCAACUGCUCAGCUGCCCCAUUUUUUCAUUCCCAAAUGCAACCUGUUUGGCACAAAGUUCUUUCCGCCCAGUAACUUGAAGUUCCUGCUGGCACGCUUGAGAGAGAAGCAAAAAAAGAAGCAGCCCACCACAGUGUCCCGAAAGAAGGUCAUAGCCUCACCACUGCUGAAUUCUGAUAUGAGCUGGCCUCUCAUGAUCACUGUAGGCCUGAUGAUUCUGGUAUUGAUUGGACUCUCCCACUUUGGGUCAUAAAGAUUCUGAGCAUCUACAUUUCCAUUUGCAAGGACUAGAGGAGUCUGCUGGGAAGUUAAUUGAUAGUGAGAGGCAGGGGAGGCCUAAGCACUGUACAGUCGACCACAUUGCAGGACCCAGAUAUAACACUGCUGCUCGUCAGGAAUCAUAAAAACACACCCUAUAGCGAGGCUAAGAUUAAAGCAUAUUUAGACCAUGUAGGGAUGCCAAUAACUAUCCCGCUAACUGGUAAGCAACUGCUUACUGGUUAAUAGUCCUGGUUAACCGCAACAACCCACCCCACCAUCCACAUGCUCUGCAUUUAAAACUCAGACCAGCAGGCUGGCUCAGUCCCAGCCUGCCGGUCUGAAUUUUAAAUGAAGAGCACGUAUGGGAGCUGUCUGCCACCCCACACUACUGUGUCUGAUAGGGAGGCAGCAGUGUGGAGUGGCAGGGAGCUCCCCAGGAGUGAAGUUGGGAGUUCACUGGCUGCCAGCCCUGCCCCCAGGGGGCACUGAGUAACUGUAACUGCUAAUAAAUUUAGCCUUUAUAGGGUUAUCAAAAUAACCAAUUUCUGACAUCCCUAAAACUGUGUACCUGCAUGUCCUUGAACUUGGCAGGGAUCUGGCCUGGUUCAGGAGUUCAGUAAUAACACAACUCCAACCUGUUUAUGCUAAAAGCUUAAACCAUGGUUUAACUGUGCUAUAACACAGUCCUGCAAAAUGGAAGCUUUGGAUAGCUUAGCUACUCUCUAAAUAAAUCUGCUUGCAAAUGAACUGAAUAUAGUUUCUGAUUUGAAAAUGUCUUGGCAGUAAGUAGAUGCUGCCUUUUGUGUUUUGUUCUCUUGGAGUUAGGGUUCGUCUAUGCUUACAGUGGGCAGCUGCUUCGCUGUGUGAAGACACCACUUAAAUCAAUGGGGAAGCUUCUACUGGAGUAGGUACCUCCCCCCUCCCAUUUGAGAGACAGUAGCUGUUUUGAUGGGAGAGCCUUCUCAUUCGUGUAGCAUUGUCUACUUGUGGAUUUCAGUCAGUGUAACUGGGCUGCUCAGAGGGGUAGGUUUUCCACACUUCUGCAUGACCUAGUUAUACCAACACAAGUUUGUAGUGUAGACCAGGGCUUACUAGUUUACACCCCAAAUUUAGUAAUAGCAUUUCUCCAGGUCUCUGCCAGUCCCUGUCCAGCUGCCAGCUCCAUAGAACAACCAAAUCUACUCCAGCCUCAACAGGAAUUGAAAUAUGAAUGUAGCUAUUUAUGUGCCAGCCGACACACUCUUUGGUGACUAGUUACAAAAGCUGAAAAAUGUUUUAGCUGCCCUAUUUUUUCCACUUCAGUAACAGAAAUAUUAAGAAUGACUCCAGAACGGGUGUGCAAUGUAAAGGGCUCUUUGUCGGAUCUCGGCAUGGCCCCUGGUUUUUUCUUAGCCAUGCUCUGUUGUUCUCCCAGCCCAGCACCUGUGUCACUUCUCUUGAUCUGUCCUGAAGGUUUUUUCUUGUAAUUUUCUGAAAAUGAAAAAUAAAAAUGGAAACAAGGGUUUGA